AUGAGCCAAACCGGAGGAAGGAAUGAGGCUUUAAAAAGCCUCCCCGAAGAAAUUGAGGACGUGUUGAAAGAUUUUGGAGAAGAUAUGCUAGGCUUCGGGCACGACGAAUUAAAACCUUGGAUGGAUGUCAAUCUUGAGAAUUCUAAGUUUUACAAAAAUCUAGCAAAAACGGAUGAAGAAAGAGAGAAAAUUUUGGAUGAAUUAAUGGAGCAGCAAAAGGACUGGCGGCCACACCUCUUCAGAUGCCUGCAAAUGGCGCUGUAUGUUUAA